UCCAGUACAGUGGUAACAGCCUGUGUAUAUGGAGAUCUCUACCAUCCACGAGGAUGCCAGCCAGCCCAAGCUUCGAGUACUUUGUAGUGCCACUGGUACUUCAGCUUGUCUUCACGCCUAUGCUUCAUGCAGGUAGGAGCAUCCCAGCCUUGACCCUCAGUGACGCCAUAGGAGAUGGUCUGAGCUCCAGUGCUUGCUAUCCUGAUGAUCUACCUGAAGGCUUUGGUGCAAACUUCACAGUCUGUACCUUCAUCAAACCUCUGGAAAUCUCUGUGCCACAGACAAAUCAAAUGAGUAACCUUUCCCUAGAUUACGAAGAUUACCCUGAAAGUGACGACAACAAGGGGUUUGAUGGACUAAUAUUCACAAUAAAGUAUUUGGAAACCUUCAUGGAGGCAAGUUUUCUAGACUCAAAGUUGGUUGUGACAUAUGGGAACAAGAGCUAUACAUUUGGGACUCCCUUUGAAGCAAACGUUUGGAGGAGAAUCUGUGUUUUCUAUUCUCCAGAUGACUUGAAGGUACACUCUGUUGUUGGCGACUAUUACGCAGGACAAGUAAACACCGAAGAUGCAAGAAAUGAUACUUCAGAGUAUGACAGAUUCUGUCUUGGCUCACCCGAUGAAAGCCUCAGUACCUUCCCUGGUACCCUGGCAGCACUGUCAGUGACUCAGUGGAACGAAUCACAUGAUGACACUGAAUACUUCCCCCCAACAGACUGCAGCAAUCUUAUCAAUGAAGAUGCCUUUUCUAUACUUGACACUAGCUGGAACUUACAAGGGGCUGCACUGAUGUCUGAUUAUGAUGUUGCUGAGUUAUGUAAUGAGGCUCACGACCCAAUAACUAUUAAGAUUUCUGCCGGGCACAAACCACACUUAGACUUGUGUAAGUCAAUCAACGGAAGGUUCUUGACAGAGGGAGAGUUGAAUGAUGACCUAAUUGAAGGCAUUGCUAACAUUACAGAGUCUUGUGGUGCUUCAGAUGAUGAAAAGUCAUUUUGGUACAGUGGGAAAACUUCUGGUGUUGGAUUGCAGAUGCAUUGCCCUGCAGCCUCUGCUAAUGGUACCAAUGGUACACAUCCAUGCAUCAGCAAAUUGCAGUGCAGUGUGUGUCUCAUACCCACUAAGACUUCCUUUACACUGUAUGGCGAAGUACUGGACCAAGAUCGGAAUUACUCUUUUCGUACUCUGGGAAAUGGCAAAUUCUACCUGAAGGGAAAAGAUGCGUCAGAAAUUUACCACAAUGGCAGUGUCUGGAUGUUGAAGUCUCAUCUUCAUGACAACGACUGGUAUCUUUCCGACUCCAUUUUCCCUUGUGGCAGGAAUGUUUGGAAGUCAGGUUUAGAGAAUCUCACUCUUACAGUUACUCAGUGUAACUGGGGUCAGUUUGCUUGCAACAAUGGUAACUGCAUAAUGAAGGCAUUAAGAUGUGAUGGCAAUGAAGACUGUGAGGGAGGUGAAGAUGAGAAAGACUGUAGCAUCAUCAGAUUGAACAGGGGAUAUGACAAAAAUAAAAGCCCAGGAAGUGGCAGACCCAAACAAGAGUUUCUUUACUACACUGUUUUUUUCUAUUCCAUUGGUGACAUUGCAACCAGUAAUGGUAAGGUCACAGUUGACUUCCUGAUUUACUUGACAUGGUAUGAGCCCCGGUUGAAGUUUUGGAAUCUUAGACCUCAGCUUCAGUAUUUCCCUUGUGACAUGAUCUGGCAUCCAGAUAUCAAAGCUUUAGCCGGGUACAAAGAUGGCCAGGCUUUUGAUCUCGACAUUUAUGACAAGAAAUGUGGUAGCGAGAGUUACCAUCCACCAGCGCACAGAGCUUUUGAUGAUCACUGGAUGGGAGAGUACCUAGACGGACUUGAGAACUCGCUCUUCUUGGACAUAUUUACACGUCUCACCAUUCCCUGCAACUUCAAGCUUCACCGAUACCCAUUUGGCUCCUACCUUUGCAACAUCAGCAUGUAUAUUUUGAGUGGCCGUGAGAGCAUGGCAUUCAAGAGUUUUAACGAUGAGGGGGUCAAUACUUUAUCCUAUAAAGGAAGCCCAGAUCUACUCGAAUUCAGAUUGGAGAAAAUAACAUACGAAACCCUCCACGACCUAUACGGCUCAGUCGACUACACAAACCUGCUCGUCACUUUCCACCUGCGGAGUCUGUAUGACUAUCACGUCCUCAACAGCUUUGGUCCCAGCUCUCUCAUAUUCCUCAUCAGCGUCUCCACGUUCUUCUUCCCAAUCGACGACUUCAACGAGAGGAUCAUGGUCUCCCUGACUGCGCUCCUGGUGUUGGCAGCACUCUUCACCCAGGCCAGCUCCUCCUCAGUGAAGACGCCUUAUUACAAGCUGCUGGACGUGUGGUACGCAGCUCUCAUUGCCCUCUGUUUUGUAGCUGUGAUCAUGAUCACUUGCAUCAACUCCAUCAAGACCAAGAAGUCACCGGAUGUGACCAUCAAGGUGAGGCCUGUAGGGAGGCUCUGGUGCUCAGCGACGGCAACGUAUCCAGGUUCGCCGAGGAACAAAGCCGUCAUUUGUAAUUUUGUUUCAAAGAUUGUUUUGAUCUCUCUUUUUAUCAUGCUAGUUAUUGUAUACGUCCUUUUUGCCAGUGGAAAAAUGUAGUGAGAUGGGUCGGGGUUGGCGGGGUAUGCAUACAUUUUCAUAAGGCUCAAGUGAUUUCUUGUGUGUCAAUCAAACUUUCACCAAUAGUAAAACUUUGCAACUAGCAACAUUUUUCAGAUGUACACAGUGUGAGUGCAAUAUGCCUGCAAUGUUGUGCAUUUAACAGAAGGGUAUGAGCAGUCCAGCGCCAUUAGUCGUCGUAAUGUGGUAGGGCAAUACUACAUGGAGAUUCUCGUAAUAUGCAGCAAAUUGCAGCAGUUUCUUAUGUUUUCUUUUUCACUGUUUUACACAAAUUUCCACUAAAUCCAUGUUUGUUUCAGCAUGAUGGUUAGCAAUGCAUAAAUUCUGUCAGUAAAAAAAAGAAAUA